AUGAAUGAUUCCAGGCAGCCAUCCCUGUUCUUUAUCAUUCUUCCAGAUAAACACAGACUCUGUGCCGCCCGGAUCAUACUGAGCAGCAAGGUGGCAGAAACAGAGAUUAGGAGCACGCAGAUAAAGAUGUGCAGGCAGUUGCUGCUUGUGCAUGAAGAUAUUCUUACAGCGCCUGUGCCUGGAAUAUUAAACCAAAUUUGGGUAGUGAUGUCGAUACCAUUUUUUCAAUCUGGGAGACUUAAUGCCUAUAUUGAGAAAUAUGGAGCUAAGAUGGAGGCUCCACAAAGAGUAAUUCCUGUCAUUCUUCAAAACUGCCUUUCAUAUUCACUCACUGCUCGACUUGCUCCAGCCUGGAAUAGAACAGGUCAUCUCUUGGUACAAGGAAAAGAUUUUCUUUCUCAUAUGGGAAAGCAAAGUGCCGUUGUAUUAGACAUCAAUGUAACAGAAACACAAGUCUGUCUAAGUAUAGAAGUCUAUACUAUCAGAUUGCCACCACCUGAGCUAAAGGAGUUUGAUAUUUCUCCACGUAUUAUAGAGGAUUUUCAUGCCAACCAGAAUGCUGUCAUCGAGAGGCAUUCCAUUUUAAGCAACUGGUGCUACAUUUUGCCAAGUAUGAAGAUGGGACAGAUCAUAAAUGUUCUUCAUACUGUGCCACCCGACUGUCCCUUUCGUUCCUUCGAAGAUUUCCAGAGGCACUGGGAUGACCUGUACGGCUACAAACUUCCAGAAGAUUGCGGAGAUAUGAAAAUAUACUGCAGCAUCUACUUCAAAAUGAUCAAAGAAAAGGUCUUCACGUACCCUCUCCGCUGCAUCAGAAGUCAGCCCAUUCAGUUCUUCCCAAGGGUGGAUUUGGAAGGUGUUUUGAAAUGUUUCCUAUCCGAUUUAAAAUCUAAACUGCCGCACAUAUGUGGAUUCCCCAUAAAGAUGACGAAUAAACCGUGCUACUACACAAAGGAGCUAACCAGACCACAAAGACAGGAAAACAAAGUCAGACCCCCCAAUCUGACGACUAAAAAACACUUCAGAGCUUCUCUAACUCAAGCCACUUUGCUGAACCCCACGGGGCCUCCAACAGCAGCCAACCACGAGGUGGAGCCCUUUGCCAGUCAGCAGCGUUCAGGCUUGUUUUCAUCCCGGUGCUGCUGGCCAGGGUCUCCGGACAGAGAGCCCUCCUGGCCUCUCCAGGCACCACAGCUACUUGUGGGGAAGUCAGAGCUCAGCAGAGGAAACACACAAGUUCAACGCAGUCGACUUUGUUCACAAAGUAAGAGAGCCCCGGCAUUCAUACCAGUCUUCAAAAGGAAAUCUGAGCAAGCAAGCAAAGACGUCUCAGCGCUUGGCAAUGUGGAGAGAAAACAGAGUGCUCUUAAGGAACCUAGCCUACUGACACAGAAAGCUAGAGUAACCCAGGGAGGCAAAGCAGGGUUAGGUUCAGCUACUAGAAAAAGACCAGAUAGUAACAUCCAGGUACAGGCUAGGAACUUAAAUCCCAAGAGCUUCAGACCUCUGCUAGGGAGAGGCACCGCUUUCUGCGAGCGCCCUAGGGAACAUCUCUCUUCUGAUUCGGAGCUGAAGGCGCACCUCCCUGAGGGCCGACCCCUGCCUACUACUGCCCUGACACAACUGUCAAGUGGCUCAGUAAAAAAUGCUGUUGACAGCCACACCAGCGGAAAAGACGAUUUAACAAGCAGCUUUAUAACGCAAAUUUUAGGGAAAAGCCACGAGUCACUAAAACUCAAAACCCAGCCACACAUUUUUGAAUCGGACUUGGAAACUGAAGACUCUGGAGUACAGCAGCAACAGUUGGCAAAUCUAACUAGAGAAGCUGAUGGAGCUGAACAUGGCCUGAUAGUGAGCAAAGCAUCCCACAAGAACAGACAGAAACUAUGUCUUGAGUCUUCAAAAUCUUCUGCAAAGCAUCGUUCCCAUGCUGCGCGUCAGAGGCAACCUGGUUCUUCUAAGAAUCGGGUAUCCAAUACAACAAAACCUAAGAAUUCCCUCAGCAUUCCCGAGGCUGAGUACAGUGUGGAGCAGAGGCUGCCCACCAGCUGGGACUUCACAACCACGUGUGCCCCGUGUCCAAAGCAUCACAUUUACGUCUCUGUCAACGUCUUGGAAAGUUCUGUGGUCGUGAUUGCCUUUGUGUUCUAUCUCUCCAUCAUUUAG